CAAACUUUUCAUCAACUUCUAUCAAACAAUACCAGCUCUUUAAUUUCAAUCACAUUAACACAACAGUCCCCUCCCAAAUCACGUACUAAUAACACAUACCACUAUUUUCUCGACCAUUACUAUUUCCAAAAACACAAUAAUAAUGACUAAAAUAUGCCACCAUUUUCCAUUCUUCAUCAUCAUCAUCUUCAUCUUAGGGAAACUUUUUCCGGUGGUCAACGGUAAAGUUCCGGCUGUGAUCGUGUUCGGGGAUUCUUCCGUCGACACGGGGAACAAUAAUUGGAUUGACACGUCAUUGAAGAGUAAUUUUGAACCUUAUGGAAGAGACUUUGAAGGCGGGAGACCAACAGGUCGGUUCUCAAAUGGGCGUGUGCCUGUAGAUUUCUUCUCUGAAUAUUAUGGGCUGCCCAAAUAUGUUCCACCUUAUUUGGAUCCAAGUUAUGGUAUUCAAGAUUUUGUUACUGGUGUUAACUUUGCUUCUGCUGGUACUGGCUAUGAUAAUACAACUGCUUCUGUACUUAAUGUGAUACCAUUGUGGAAGGAAGUCGAAUUUUACAAGGAGUACAUAAAGAGAUUACAAAGCUAUUUAGGAGAAGAAAGAGCAAAUGAAAUACUUACAGAAGCAGUCUACCUCGUGAGCAUAGGAACCAACGACUUCCUAGAGAAUUACUAUUUACUACCAACGACUAAGUUAUGUUACACUGUGCCUGAGUUUCAGGAUCAUCUUUUAGGAAUCGCAAAGGACUUUGUGUACGAGAUUUAUAGGUAUGGUGCUCGAAAAUUAUCGCUAGCGGGGCUUCCUCCUAUGGGUUGCUUGCCAUUGGAGAGGACUAUUAAUCUAUUUGCAAUACAUGAAUGUAAUGAAGAAUACAACAAUGUGGCUCUUGAAUUUAACGGCAAAAUGAAGAAUUUGGUGAACCAACUUAAUAAGGAAUUGCCUGGCAUUCAUGUCGUCUUUUCUAACCCUUAUUAUCUUGUUCGUCAAAUGGUUAAGAAGCCUUCGUUGUUCGGAUAUGAAGUAAGUUCAAAAGCAUGUUGUGGGACCGGAUUGUUUGAGAUGAGUUAUCUUUGUAACAUUGAUGGUCCAUGGAGCUGCCCUGAUGCUGACAAAUAUGUAUUCUGGGAUUCAUUCCACCCAACUGAGAAAACUAAUCGCAUUUUGGCUCAACAUCUCUUCAAAACUGUUUUGUAUAAAUUUAUGAAGUAGUAAUUCUUUAUUGCUACUCUUUUGUAAAUUUCUUUUUCAACUGCAAGUACACUUUUAAAAUAUAAAGGCUUAUAAUGUAUUGCUUCAGCUCUGGUCUGUAUAGUAUUAUGCACAUUAUUUAUUUAUUUUAUAUUAUUUAAGAAUAAAUAAAUAAAAUAAAACUCAUUGUAUAAUUAUAAGAUAAUUACUUGUGAAUGAGAUUUAUUUAUUGUGAUUUGUAA